CAAAAGUAAGGCUACGUCUACAACAGCAUUGUUGAGUUUAGUAAAUCAAACACCGUAAUGGUUGUCGAAUCAGACGACUCUGGUUUUCGCCAACUGGAAUACUUCUCUUUAGUUUCAAAAGUUUGCACAGAAUUAACAAAUCAUUUGGGUUUAGAUGACAAAGUCCUGGCUGAAUUUGUUAUUCAUUUGGCUAAGAAAAAUCCGACUUUUGAAAAAUUCAAAAGUGCUUUGGAAAAGAAAGGCGCGGAGUUUACGGACCCAUUAAUAGCCAGUAUUUUACGCCUAGUUGAGAAAAUGCUUCCAAAGAAGGAGAAAGUUACUAAAAAGAAGGCAUUAACAUCUUCAUCUAACAAGAAAGAUUCUGAGUUAGAUGUUGUCAAAAACAAACUAGAAUUGAGAAAGCGACUUUUACCUGCUUUGUGUAUGCCAAAUGAAGAUCCAAACGACGAGCGAUUGAAUGUGGAAUCUGAAAAUGUAGAACCGUGCAGUGAUACUGAUAAAAAGGAUGGGAUUCGUAACAAAUUCGUUCAUCCUGAUGAACUGGAAGAGGAAUUCCAUAGUGAUAAUAUCAAUAAUAAAAAAGAUUGUGUAGAUGACGUCGAAGCUUUGGCUAUGAUUAAAGACUUGGAAUUAUUGUUAUCCGGUGCUAAGGAAGCAUCAUUAUCUAAGUCAAAGCCACGUGACGAAAAGAAAAGUGAAGAUAGACGUGCUCGUCGUUCACAUUCUAAAUCUCCUCAUCGUUCACGACAUUCAAAUCGAAGGGCUCAUCAAAGAAAUCCUGAUGCAUCUAGUGAUUAUCGUGGUCAUCGUAAAAAGUCCAGAUCACCUCAUGGGAAAGAAUCCAGAUCGCCGUCGCCCCACUCCUCCAGACAUCGAUCUAAGGAUCAUUCUCCAGCUAACAAAUCGUCUUAUCAUAGAGACCGAUCACGAGCUGAUCAUAUUUCACCUAAAAGGUAUUCUCAUAGUUCAAGUAGUCCAAAUUACGAAAGUAAACGACUAAAAGAUCUUCCUUCAGAACCUAUUGUGGGCGAUAUCUAUCGUGGUAGAGUUACAAAUGUGCUAGCAUUUGGAGCUGUUGUUCAGUUAGAUGGACUUCGUAAGAGAUGGGAAGGUCUGGUGCAUAUUUCUCAGCUACGUCAAGAAGGUCGUGUGGCCAGUGUUGGCGAUGUUGUUAAUCGCAAUCAAAAGGUCUGGGUAAAAGUUAUCUCGUUCACAGGUACUCGAACUGGUCUUAGUAUGCGUGAGGUGGACCAAGAGACGGGUGCUGAUUUGAAUGCUUCACGCUUACCUGAGAAGAAAUCCAAUAAUUCUAGUGAAUCGUUAGAUAAAGAUAAAAUACGUCUCGUAGAUGAAGAGGAUAUCGAUGGUGUUCGGAAUCCUGAUCGUCCUGCAGCUAACUCUGGACCAGGAUUUUUCGGUAGACGCAAAGAAAUGGGAUUUGAGGAAGACAUUGAAUCUGGUCCCAAACGAAAGGUUCAACGAAUUAGUAGUCCAGAACGCUGGGAAUUAAAACAAAUGAUGUCAGCUGGUGUAAUUGAAAAGACAGAAUUACCUGAUUUCGAUGAAGAGACUGGACUUUUACCACGUGAAGAUGAAGAAUCUGACGAAGAUAUUGAAAUCGAACUUGUUGAAGAUGAACCACCAUUUCUUAAGGGUCAUGGUCGACAUGCGAUGGAUUUGUCUCCAGUUAGAAUAGUCAAGAAUCCAGACGGAUCAUUGCAACAAGCUGCCAUGAUGAGACAAGCUCUACAAAAGGAAAGACGUGAAAUGAAACAACAAGAAAGACAAAACCAAGUAACAGCUGAACGAGAGACUGCUCCUGAACGGAUGGGUAAAGAUUGGCAUGAUCCAAUGGGGUUUACUUUGGACAAUGAACCACAGUUUUCAGGUUCACGUUCAACUGACCAGUUUAAAGAUGUACCGGAAUGGAAACGUGCUGUUCAAGGGGGUACAAGAACUGGAGCUGUUGGUAAAAAGAUUGUACGAUCUAUUCUUGAACAGCGUCAAGCCUUACCCAUAUUCAGACUAAAAGAUGAGCUAAUGAAGGCAGUGAAUGAUAAUAAAGUAUUGAUUGUUAUUGGAGAAACUGGUAGUGGGAAGACUACCCAAAUAACACAAUAUCUAGCUGAAGCAGGUUAUGUCAACACUGGUCGCAUUGGAUGCACUCAACCACGUCGAGUAGCAGCUAUGUCUGUAGCUAAACGCGUAUCUGAAGAAUUUGGUUGUCGUCUAGGGCAAGAAGUUGGUUAUACAAUACGUUUUGAAGAUUGUACUGCACCAGAGACAAAAAUCAAAUACAUGACAGAUGGUAUGCUGUUACGUGAAUGCCUUAUUGAUCCGGAUUUACGCCAAUAUUCAGUAAUUAUGUUGGAUGAAGCACAUGAACGAACAAUACAUACAGAUGUAUUAUUUGGUUUAUUGAAAAAAGCUAUUCAAAAACGAGAUGAUAUGAAGUUAAUUGUCACUUCAGCUACUCUUGAUUCAGUCAAAUUUUCUCAGUACUUUUUUGAAGCUCCUAUAUUCACUAUACCUGGUCGUACAUAUCCUGUUGAAAUAUUGUAUAGUUUAGAACCAGAAAAUGAUUAUCUAGACGCUGCACUCAAUACAGUUAUGCAAAUUCAUUUAACUGAACCUCCAGGAGAUAUAUUAGUAUUUUUAACUGGUCAAGAAGAAAUCGACUCUGGUUGUGAACUUCUUUAUGAACGUAUGAAAGCUUUAGGCUCUGAAGUACCUGAAUUAAUCAUUUUACCAGUUUAUGCAGCUUUACCAUCUGAAAUGCAAUCGAGAAUUUUUGAUCCUGCACCUCCAGGCUCCCGUAAAGUAGUGAUUGCUACAAAUAUUGCUGAAACAUCUUUAACAAUUGAUGGAAUUUAUUAUGUUAUUGAUCCAGGUUUUGUAAAACAAAAAGUGUACAGUAGUAAAUCUGGUAUGGAUCAACUUAUUGUCACACCAAUUUCACAGGCUCAAGCUAAACAACGUGCUGGACGUGCAGGUCGUACAGGUCCUGGAAAAUGUUAUCGUUUGUAUACUGAAAGAGCCUACAGAGAUGAAAUGUUAGCGACCAAUGUACCAGAGAUUCAAAGAACAAAUCUAGCAAGUACAGUUUUACAGUUGAAAGCCAUGGGUAUAAAUGAUUUAUUGUCAUUUGACUUUAUGGAUCCUCCCCCAUUACAGACACUUGUCGCUGCUAUGGAAACUUUACAUGGUUUAUCUGCUCUGGAUGAUGAAGGAUUGUUGACACGUCUUGGAAGAAGGAUGGCUGAAUUUCCUCUUGAACCAAUGCUUUCUAAAAUGUUAAUUAUGUCAGUGCAUUUACAAUGUUCUGAAGAAGUAUUAACUGUCGUUUCAAUGUUAUCUGUUCAAAAUGUUUUCUAUCGUCCUAAGGAGAAAACUGAAUUGGCUGAUCAACGUAAAGCGAAAUUUCAUCAACCUGAAGGUGAUCACCUUACUCUAUUGGCUGUAUACAAUGCAUGGAAGAAUAAUAAAUUCUCUGCACCAUGGUGUUACGACAAUUUUCUGCAAGCAAGAACAUUAAAACGUGCUCAAGAUGUACGCAAACAAUUGCUUGGUAUUAUGGACAGACAUAAGCUUGAUGUAGUUUCAUGCGGUAAAAAGACUGCAUUAGCACAGAAAGCAAUUUUGUCUGGAUUCUUUCGUAAUGCUGCAAAGAAAGAUCCACAAGAAGGUUAUCGUACGCUGGUUGACCAACAAGUUGUUUAUAUUCAUCCAUCAUCUGCAUUAUUUAAUAGACAACCAGAUUGGGUUGUUUAUCAUGAACUAGUUAUGACUACUAAAGAGUAUAUGCGUGAAGUAACCACAAUCGAUCCAAGAUGGUUAGUAGAAUUUGCACCGAAUUUCUUCAAAUUUGGCGAUCCAACUAAAUUAUCACGUACUAAAAAGUCAAUGCGAAUUGAACCAUUGUUCAGUAAAUUUGAAGAGAAAGAUUCAUGGCGUAUUUCACGUGUUCCAAGGAAAUUUCAUGUUAAAGUUACAUUUUAAUAUUUAUUUAACUAACUUAUUGUUGUUCAACUUCUGUUUCAAUGUAGUAUUUUGUUUUUCUCUUAAGCAAAUAUUUAUUUAUUUUGUACAGAUGUCAAGUGUAUUUUUAAGAAUUCACAUAAUUUACUAUUUAAAUCCUUAAUGGGAAUGAUUGUGAAAUGUAACAGCGUCGUUGUCCUGUUUUUUUCUCUUUUAAUACUGCUUCUUUCCUUUUUUUACAGAAGGAUCCGUAUACUAUUUGUAUUUUAUUAUUUUACCUAUGUAAUCGACUUGAAUUUGUAGUAAAAAUAUGUAUAGUUUUUCGUUGGUUUCAUAUUUUGGUGUUUUAGUGAUCAUACUCUGUGCCAAAGUUUUGUCUUAGUUAUAUGGGCAUGAACUUUGUGUAUUCUCACAUAGUUCUUUGUUGUCUUUUGUUUAUCUUGUUGUGAAUAGUGUCGCUAUUCAACACAAAUUUAAGAAGUUGAAUUUUAUUGACAUAAUUACAGGGUUUAGUUUAUUUAGUAAUGUGCUUUCAGUCAUAAUCAACAUAGGUUUAACACAAAUAUUCAUUGGCCCAAUAUAACAUCACAGUAGCACGACUAGAUGCAAUUAACAAGAUGGACAGUGAAGUAAUUGAAAUCGUAAAGUAGACAAUUAGAGGCUGAACAUUAAGAAUACGAUUUGAAAAAGUAUGUGCCAAAGAAUAAUAGAAAUUAAGAUCUAAAGAUAAAGUGUGGAUAGAUCUACGUCUUUAUGAUGGAUUCUAUCUUCAUCUACGAACAGUGACUUCAUAGACUGAUGCUAUGUAUUGGUUCGAUCAUCCCUAGCUCUCUUCCAUCUUCUCUACCAGAAAAAUUGUCUUUCGAGUUGAACAAUGAUUAGACGUACGUAACUUGUACUAGAACCAUCACAGUCAAUAAGAAUUGGUGACCUCAUCAAUUGAUUUAGCACUUUUGCCUAGUAUCUUUUGUUUAACCGUAACAUUUUUUCAUCCAAUCGCUCUACGAAACGUGAACGGUACCUCAAGAAACCUAUUACUGAAAGCUUACAGCUUACACAUAUCUUCUACUUUCACAGCUAUAAGAUAAUAAAGGUAGUUUUAGGCUGUUUACACUCCCGCCUCUCCUAUACCGUCAGCGAUGCAAGUUGUCCAAAGUUAGUCGGGCUUUCAUCAGACACCAAUCCACCAGGGUUGAUGGAAAUUCCAAGGUACGUGAAGUAGUCAGCGCGCUUAACUACUUCACUGCCCAUCAUUAGUUUAGGCGUUGACACAGACCAGUCCUGAACACAACAUUGCAACACAUGCACUAUAGCCUAUGGCAAUCUCUUCGCCAUAUAGGACUAUGUUAUCUACAUAUUUUAAAUCGAUAAGUGGACCUUCUGGUUAGAGAUCAUACCUUAAAACGGGUGGAAAACUAGUAAUUUUAGGAGAAAUUUCCCUCGAUUCGUUCCUUGAUUUCAGGAGGGUUGUUGGCUUAGCUACUUAACGCACGAUCAUUUAGCUACGGAAUCACUAACCCGUCUAUAAAUGUAAUGAUAUGUACACGAUGUUAUUGGUUUUUAUAAAAUAUGUUACUCACAUUCUGGCCUACAAACAAAAAUGGUGCUGGUUUCAUAGGAUGCACUGGUAAUUUUAUAUUUAGUUGUAACUCAGUAAUGAC